CUCUUUAGUUGUCCAGUCUAAUUCAACUCCGUGAAACGUUUGUUUGGCCAACUUCUGACAUGCAGUGUUUUGGGAAGUUGUCUAUGUUCGUAACAUCCCCACCAGAGCAUAGAGCAGGGAUUGACCAGUACUCAUUUACCUACCUCUUAGUGACCGUGACUGUAAUUUAAUAAUCGUUUUAAAUUUGUAACCAAAUGACACAAGCAGAGAGAGAGCAAGAGAAUGGAAAAGAGAAAGAAAAGGAGCGAGAGAAGGAGAAAGAAAAGGAACAACGCGGCGUGAAAAGACCGAUUGUCCCAGCCGCUAUUGCAGAGCCUUUGCAAGAGGCAAUUCAAACCACCUCUAUUAUCGUGAUCCACCCUGGAUCCAAAACCCUAAGAAUCGGUCGAGCUACAGACAACCUGCCUGUGGCUGUUCCUCACGUCAUUGCACGAAGACACAAACAACCUGGUCAACCUGGUUCUCGACAUGAAGACCCUUGGCUCUUGAGGGAUGGACUAAAUAAACCAGAGAGUACAGAGCAGAGGCAAAAUGGCAUCAAAAUGGUGGACCAAGCCAUUUGGUCGAAGAAAAUGUCAAACGGAAUUAGACGAACCCCAGUCUCUGCAGAGCAGGCAAGAGCUUACAACAGACAGAUUCGUCCUGCCGUGCUGGAUCCCACUGCCAGGGUGAAGUGGACAAACACAAGCCACAAACCAGACUUUUUGGUGGGGGAGGAGGCCCUGUAUGUGAACACAACAGACGGCUAUAACCUCCACUGGCCAAUCUGUAGGGGUCAGCUCAACAUCCACGGGGGACCGGGAGGUUCACUGACUGCUGUCUUGGCUGAUCUGGAGGCCAUCUGGUCCCAUGCUUUACAGAAACUUCUGGAAAUGCCCCUGAAAGACCUGAAGUAUUACGGAUGCAUCCUGCUUGUUCCUGACAUCUACAAUAGACAGCAUGUCAAAGAAAUGGUUAACAUGUUGCUUAAUAACAUAGGAUUUUCAGCCAUCGUGGUACACCAGGAGUCGGUGUCUGCCACCUAUGGCAGUGGCCUGAGCAGUGCCUGCGUGGUGGACGUGGGUGAUCAGAAGACCAGCCUGUGCUGCGUGGAGGAUGGAGUGUCUCACCGGAGUUCCAGGCUGUGUCUGGCAUAUGGAGGCUCUGACGUGACUAGGUGCUUCUUCUGGCUGCUGCAGCGGGCGGGCUUCCCCUACAGAGAGUGUCAGCUGACCAACCGCAUGGACUGCAUGCUCCUGCAGCAGCUCAAAGAGACCUUCUGCCACCUGGACCAGGACAUUUCUGGACUUCAGGACCAUGAGUUUCGCACACGUUUCCCAGAGUGCCCAGUCCUCCUGUACCAGUUCCGAAUUGGGGAUGAGAAACUUCAGGCCCCCAUGGCUCUGUUCUACCCAGCUACGUUUGGUAUUGUGGGCCAGAAGAUGACCUCACUGCAGCUGCGGUCACAGGGCGACUCGGAGGAUCCUCAUGAUGAGCACUACCUGCUGUCCACCCAGAGCAAACAAGACCAGUCUUCCAAAACCACCACAGACAGGAAAUCCCUUCCCAAACCCCUUGGCUUUGAUGGCGAGUCCAGCAGCCAGUGUGGCGAGCCGUCUGAGAGAGGCCUUCAUUCCCAGGAGGUAGAGCUCGGCCAUGCCCAGGGAGAGUGCCUGAUGGGCGGAUCAGAGGUGGAGGACUCCCCCUCGGCACUGCUGUCCAGGAGGACGGCCAUGUCGCAGUUCGAGGGGAAAGCACUGGGGCUAGACAAAGCCAUUCUACACUGUAUAGACUGCUGUGCGUCUGACGAGACCAAGCGUAAGAUGUACAGCUCCAUCCUGGUGGUAGGGGGAGGCCUCCUGUUCCACGGUGCCCAGGACUUCUUACAGCACCGCAUCCUCAACAAGAUGCCCCCGUCGUUCCGCCGGGUGGUGGAGAAUGUGGAGGUCAUCACACGGCCCAAGGACAUGGAUCCACAGCUGAUACCCUGGAAGGGCGGUGCGGUGCUGGCCUGCCUGGACACAACCCAGGAGAUGUGGAUCCACCAGCAUGAGUGGCAGCGCUUUGGAGUCCGCAUGCUCAGAGAAAGGGCCGCAUUUGUCUGGUGACCCCAGUACCAGUGAAGGAGUGUGUGUGUGUGUGUGUGUGUGUGAGACAGUCUGUCUGUCUUUGAGUGUGUGUUUGGUUUCUGUCUGUGUGUCUGACUUCAGAGUCAGUUUUUCAGGCUUGGAUAUAGUGUCGGUUGAACAUCCAAACCUCAGAGUAUAAGAAAUAUUUAGCUUGUUUUUGAUGUUAGACUAUUUUUUUGUACAAACGAUAUUUAAAAAACAUAAAUAAAAAUCAAAUUUGAAAGUC